UUUCAAAAGCUUAUCUUCUUGUAAAUCACUUUAUAUGUCAGUAGUUUCAGUUUUGAUCGCACUGGCAGUCACUGUUUCAUGUCUCUGGAGCUCACGCAUAAACGUUAACCAUGAAGAUUUUAUUUCAGACAACAAAGGAAUCGCCUAAUAGAGGACGAGAUGCUAUACUUUUGCGGGAAAAUCAUGAUCACUCAAAAUGUGAUUGUUCAUCUGAAGACUUCACAAAACCUACGUUGUCACUGGGAAAUUGGAUGAAAAUGCUUAAGAUGGGCUCAGAGUAUGAAUUGCAACAGAAGGAGUCUAUCACCUUGGAAUCCAGUCAACAAAUUAUAAUAAUCCUAGCAACACAGUUGGAAAGAAUCACAGCAAAGGUAGUCUCUGGAUUUUGCCUACAGCACCUUGUGGUUAAAGAUUUGUCUUUUGUGGAUUGUAAAUGUUUUAUCUCAAAGUGGUCGAAGGAGCUGAAAUGUUUAAAGCUGAAAAACAAAGACAAGGUUUCCUCUGCUGAGAGUUUCAGGAACUGUUCAGAAGAACUGAACAUUUGUAAACUCUUUAAAGGCAAGACACUGACAGAAGAUCAGAAAUAUUUAUUGUGGUGGAUUCAUGUUUUGCAGUCAUUUCCUAAGUCCUCAGUUUGUCAAGAUGGAUGUUCUAGAGUUGAGUUGCUGAAUCUAUACAGUCAGUGGAAGAAAGGGCAGCUGAUAAAUGUGUUUCCUAUUAUAGACUUUAUCAUGAGAAAACUACUUACAUAAAAGGUAUGAUAUACUGGGUUUAUAUUUCUGUAGCGUGCCAUUUUGUUGCUUGUUCAUUUCUCUAUUUUACUUCUGUUUCACUUUUGGGUUUAAAUUUCAAAACAGAAACUGUUUUUAUGGGUCUUCACAUGCCUUACCUUAGGAUUUUGCUAGUGAUACAUUAUCUGUCUGUCUAUAACAGAGAAAAGCCACUUCAAACAGAAAGACUUCCUGAUUAUACCUGUUCCGUGUAGCUGUUGAUAAGGAACAAGAAAAACAAGUUGUUUUUCCCCUUCUCGGAAGCCCAGAUAAAAAUAGUUCACUAAAAUCUAUUUAAAGUGCUUUCUUUCACACUAAUUUAUACUAAAUAUACAAAAUGUAUCUACAGUACUUUUUAAUAUAAACUUAAGAUAUAGGCGUACUCAACAGUGUUAUUUUUGAACACCAUUAUUAGAAGUACUGAAGAAAAUGGAGCACGUUUAAGUACACAAAAUAAAGUGUUUUUAUUGUAUAUUUUUUUACCUUGGGGCAUUGUUGCUGUUUGAUGUUUUCAUGAUUUGUACAUUCUGUAUCAUUCUAUCAUUCAAUUGUUAAUAAAACAAUAAAAGUUUCUAUGAAAAUA